AUGACACUAUAUAUAUUGGAUACCGUAAUAGGGUUCAUCAGUUUGGAUUGCGGUUUAGCCCCGAGUGAAGCGUCACCAUAUAUCGAGCCAGAUACUGGAUUAUGGUUCUCAUCAGACUCGGACUUCAUCCAAAGUGGAAAGAUUGGGAAAAUUGAUCCCAGUCUACCAAAGACCAUAAAAUCAUACGUGACUCUGAGAUACUUUCCAGAUGGAAUACGCAACUGUUACAAUCUUAGUGUGAAGCAAGGGACAAAUUAUCUGAUGAGAUUUACAGCUCUAUAUGGAAACUAUGACGGUCUUAAUAUUACUCCUAUGUUUGACUUAUACGUUGGUCCUAACUUUUGGGUAACGAUAGACCUAGAAAAUAAGAUAAGCGGUCAAUCCGAGGAGAUCAUUUACAUCCCCAGAUCAAAUUCCUUGGAUUUGUGUCUUAUCAAGACAGGCGCGACUACACCAAUGGUUUCAUCAGUGGAACUAAGGCCGCUAGCGAAUGAUAUUUACAUCACUGAAUCUGGUUCGUUGAAGAGUUUCAAGCGAUACUAUCUUACAAGUUCAGAUACCAUUCUAUCGUACCCCAAUGACGUCAAAGACAGAAUAUGGGAAACAAAGUUUGAUCCAGAAUGGAUGCAAAUUUCAACCGCCCUCGAAGCGAACAACUCAAAUGGUUUUCUUGUGCCACAGAAUGUACUCAAGACCGCGGCCAUACCUGCGAAUGAUACUGCACCGUUUAACAUUACGGAGGAGCUCGAUUUCCCUGACGACCAAAUUUACUUGUACCUCCACUUCUCUGAAGUCCAAGCAUUACCGAUAGGUGACUUUAGAGAAUUUGAUAUUUUUUGGAACGGCCAACAGUUUGACAAAACGAUACGCCCUGAAUAUUUGAAGACCACGACGAUUAAGUCCACUACACCAGUUACUUGCAAAGGAGGAGUAUGCAACUUAGAGCUGAUAAGAACUACAAACUCUAUUCUCCCACCUCUUCUCAACGCCAUCGAACUUUACACAGUCGUCAAAUUUCCACAAGUGGAAACAAAUGAAAAUGAUGUUGUUGCUAUCCUAAAAAUCAAAGCACAAUAUGGGUUAAAUAGAAUCACAUGGCAAGGAGAUCCAUGUGUCCCCCAGAAAUUUUUGUGGGAUGGUCUAAAUUGCAACAGCACAGAUACAUCUACACCCCCAAUAAUCACUUAUUUGAACUUAUCUUCCAACGGGUUGGAAGGAACUAUAGCAGCUGCAAUUCAAAAUCUUACCCAUCUUGAAAAGUUGGAUUUGUCAAACAACAAUCUGACAGGAGAAGUUCCAGAAUUUCUGGCUAAUAUGAAGUCUUUAAUGCUCAUAAACUUGAGCAAGAACAAUCUUAUUGGUCUCAUACCACAAGCUCUUCUUGAUAGAGAAAAAGAAGGGCUACAGCUAAUUGUUGAUGGAGAGCAUCGUUGUUUAUCUGGUUCAUGUGUCACAGAGAAGAAAAUUCCAGUAAAAACUGUUGCAUUUGUUUCUUCGGCUACUGUCAUGGUCAUUAUAGUGCUUCUAGUUCUCAUUUUUGCGUUUAAGAAGAAAAAAUCAUCAAGUUCAAAAGCUCUACCACUAUCAUCAAUUAAGCUGGGUGAGAAUGUUACAUCUACUAAUAUAUCUGAAAUAUCGAUCGAGAUGAAAAGGAGAAAAUUUACUUAUUCAGAGGUUAUGAAAAUAACAAAAAAUUUGGCAAGACCGCUUGGUGAAGGAGGGUUUGGUGUUGUUUAUCAUGGUGAUAUAAAUGGUUCACAACAAGUAGCUGUCAAACUACUCUCCCAAUCAUCAACACAAGGCUAUAAAGAAUUCAAGGCAGAGGUCGAGCUUUUGUUGAGAGUUCACCACAUAAACUUGGUAAGCCUUGUCGGAUACUGCGACGAACGAGGUCAUUUAGCUCUCAUAUAUGAAUACAUGUCCAACGGAGACUUAAAACAUCAUUUAUCAGGAAAACACGAUAGUUCUGUUCUGAAGUGGAGUACUCGACUACAAAUAGCCAUCGACGCCGCACUAGGACUAGAAUACUUGCACAUUGGAUGUCGGCCACCAAUGGUACACAGAGAUGUCAAAAGUACAAAUAUAUUGUUGGGCGAAGGAUUCACUGCCAAACUUGCAGACUUUGGACUUUCAAGGUCUUUUCAACUUGGAGGUGAAUAUCAUGUUUCGACAGUCGUUGCUGGUACUCCUGGAUAUCUUGAUCCUGAAUGUUACAGAACAGGUCGAUUGGCAGAAUUGAGCGAUGUUUAUAGUUUUGGGGUUGUACUAUUGGAGAUAAUCACAAACCAAGACGUGGUUGACCAAACUCGCGAAAAGUCACACAUUGCUGAAUGGACAGCAUUUAUGCUUAAUAGAGGAGAUAUUGCUGGAAUCAUGGAUCCUAACCUACAUGGAGACUACAACUCUCAUUCUGCCUGGAGAGUUCUUGAAUUGGCUAUGUUAUGUGCAAACCCUUCUUCAGAAAAACGACCAAACAUGUUCCAAGUUGUCAUUGAGCUGAAAGAGUGUCUUACUUGUGAAAUGUCGAUGAAAGGUAAUGGUCAGGACAUGGACUCUCAAAGUUCCCCUAAAGUGAGUAUUAGCUAUGACACAAAGGAUUUGCCUAGCGCAAGGUAG